UUUGUAAGGCGGAAGUACCGUAAGAACUAACUGAACAAACCUUUGUGGGGAAAAAACAUUGAAGAUUCAAGAUGACAAUGAAAGAUUCCGAAGUGGCGAGGAAGAUGGAGGAAAUGACGGACACAAUGAUCAUUUCGCUCAUGGAACGACUUAAAAAAACUGACAUCAAAAGCGACCUCGGAGAAGAUUCUUCUACCUCAAGCUCGUCGCCACAAGACCAAAUGAAUGAAGUGCUGGCUUUUUAUGACGAUUCCAUCGAGCAGCUAUGGAAAAUCGCUGACAACAUCUGCAAAACUUCAACAGCUGAAGAGGAGCACGCAGGUACAAUUUUUAUGGGAAGUUCUGGUGAUGGAACUUAUUUGCCCGAGAUUUCAGACACAUAUGAUACGUAUGUCAUGGAGGAAGACUCACAGUUUGAAAUGCAGGAAGAUCUAGAAGCGAUUGACUCGGAGAAUGCUAAUGAGAUGGGAAACUCUAAAAAUCUUCUCAAGGUAUUGCCUACGGAAAAGUCUGGAUUUUUCCUCAUCACUUGGACCGAGUACGGCCUACAGUUAAAAGCAAAACACGAAGCAAAACAAAACCCAGCACAGGCCGAGGCCCGUGUCGCAAAGGAAAGAAAAGAAAUUGCCAUCUUUGAAAGAUUGCUCGAAUAUACAGACGAAAUUCAACACGAAGGAAAGACGUUACCUGUGAUUUCUCCAUUCAAGAUUCGACAGGGAUAUCUUAGUAAUCCUCCCACAAGUAUUCAAGGCUAUCCGGUAUGGUUUCGCAUGUUAGACCAGAACUCUCCCGCCAUUACUUUACUGACAGAGGAAUUCAAACAAAAUGAUGAAUCGAUCAGAAAGGUUCAAGUCACCGACCUCGUUCUUGGCAUUCGCACGACCAUGCCUUGUCUAGACCACAAAUGGAUGGAAGAAAAGGAAAGCUCAAGCAAAUGGCUGACGAAAGACCUGUUGUCCAAGCUGCAAGAAAGCAAAAGUUUCGUGGUAACAAAGUCUUGGGAGAGCGAGCAAGAAAACUUGUUUAUUUGGAGAAUCUCCUAUUCUGUAGUCGAACGACAGUGCAUAAAAUUUCUUCCUCGGGAACCAAAGAUUUGCCUGAUCAUCAUGAAGGCAAUUCGCAGGAAAUUCUUAAGCGAACCUAAAGGCUUGGUCACAUACCAUCUCAAGACCGUUCUAUUUUACCAUCUUGAUAAAGUUGGAAGCGACUGGGAGGCAACAGAUAGAGCUCGAAAUAUCCUUGUCUUGCUCGACGCCUUAGCAGGAGCUCUAAAGAACAGGUCAUUGCCUUUGUUCUUUGAACCUGGUAUUAACACUCUUGGAGGAAUGGACGAGAAAACUGCAGCAAAACUAGAGAUGAAAACUCGAGAAAUAUUGGGCUCUCCUCGUGUACUGAUGUCUGGGAUACUGUUUCAGAGCAUGGAUGAAUCACACAGGAAGGAACACUUCCAAAAGGGUAAGGAGGAAGUCGUCGUCUGGUUUGACGAGAAGCCACCAGAGCCAAAGCUAUUCAGUGAUGAGGAUUUGAAAGACUAACCCUAAGAUAUUAAUGUAUUAUUGACAUAGCCUUCGUCAACCCCUUAUCAACCCUCCACCUUGCCGGCCCCUACUUACUGAGAGGAGAGGGGUAAGUAGGGACUGCAAACAGGCUAAUAUGGACAUUUUGGCCAAAUAUAUAAUCUCUCGUGAAUAACACUUCGCCUAAUUCAUUAAAGCCGUGGCUCAUUAUGUAUACUAAUUUAAUAAUAAUAAUUGAUUUUAAUCGGUCCUUGAUUUAGACUAAUCUGUGCAUCGCAUGUUAGGACAGUUUAAUUCUUAAAAAGCGCAUUAACAAACAAAAGUCUCUAUGUUCUAUGUUCAAAGAUAAACACCAUAAAAAGACAAUAAAAGAUUUCUGAAUACAAUAAUUAAAUAGACUAUGCAAAAUAUGAAAAAUUAAAAAACAUAUCUUUAAAUUCAAAAACAAGGUUAAAGAAACCUACAGAUGUAGACUCGGGCAAACUGCUCCAAAGUUUAGGACCACUAUAUAAAAAGCUCUGCCAGUCACCAUAAAUAACUUAGGUAAAGUAAGAAGGGUUUUGUUUGAAGAUCUAUAGAGCCUAGACUGAAUAUCACAAAAUAGAAUUAAUCAAUAGAAAACGAAAGCACGAUACACGAUGGCAUAAAACUACAAUAUUCGUAUUCUGAGAUAGCUAUAAAAAGUCAUUAUGGCGGCCAUAAACGUAACGCAAAAUCAUUGACAUUAUUCAUAGUCUUUUUUGGAGAGCAUAUCUAACGGAUGGAAGCUCAUGACUGAUGAUUCAUAUCUGAUAAUUAAUAAAUCUUAAUUAAAAUUGAAUUAUUGGUAGACAAGAAAUAUGCUCUUCUUUUGUCUUCUAGAUCAGAAUUUCAUAAUAAAAGUAGUCAAACAUUUCAACAUUUCGAUUGAAAUAAUAGCCAAUUUUUCGAUGAAAUUCACAGUAAACAUAAUUCUAUUACAGCUUAUGACUUACCUCGAGAAAGAGUUGUGCUCUAUAGCUUAAAAUAAAUCUUUUUAUCCCUU